CGACAUCGAGAUGCUCGUCUCGCGUCAAAGUCCUAUGUCAAUAAUACAUAUACAUUUUUAUUUAGCUAACAAUUCAUUAAAUAGCUAAAUAAAAAUUUGUACGACUAAUUUAGGGUAAAACGCUAAUCACAUCAUCCAAAUCAACCAACAUAAUUGAUUGUAUUCAUUAAAUCUUACCUUAGGAUCAAACCAAAAAGGAAGAUCACAGUGGUUAGUGCUCUCACCAACAAUGUCUGCCAAGUAAAACACCAUACAGGGCCUACACAGAAGUUAAUGUAAUUAACCCUAUGCUUACCUAAUAAAAAGCAAUACCAAUAACUCAAAUUCUGAUCUACCUAAUGUCACAUGGUUAGUUCUGUCAAAUCUGCUGAAACUGAACAAAACCAGCACUGAUCUAAUACUUAGACAUUUCAUUGCUCAAACCAUAGAAAUCAUUUAAUUCAUCUUCCAAAACUCACCUAGAUUUGGAGACUCCUCAGUUGAGCCACGGAAGAGAUACUUGCAGACAGAAAUUCAUGGCCAAAGCUAUCGUAAAGCUGCUACCAAGGCAAAGCCGGAGCUACAGCCAUCACCCACCAACUUAGCACAAACCUCUUAUACAAAAAUUGGAAUUCAGAUCUCUAUAAAUCCAAAACCAAAAUGCCUUACCCAAUUUCUGUGCCGGCAGUUUCCUCUCUGUAAGCGAUUCAACAAAAGCAGAUAGAUGAGAUGAGUGAAGAAAGAACCAGCAAUAGAAAAGCUAGGGUGCGGCGCAGAUGGCGGAUCAGCUCCGACCAACCAAAGGAAGUAUGCUCAGCUCUUGGCCGGAGAGGAGUUCGGCCAUGGACUCGAGAGGAAGAGGAAGAACCUCUGCUUUGGCUGGUUGCGUGGAUGAACGACAACCCCGAUGUCGGGAUCACAGCUAGGGAAGAGAUGACCGGCGGCGUUAAGUGGCUAGGGCACGAACACUAGGCAAAGGAGAGGUGCUCGACUGCCGACGCUCAGAAGAGGAGAAUGAGGGUCAAUGCUAUGGCUGAGAGGCCGGCGGAUCGAGGUCGGCGUCGCGGCGGCCAGAGGAGAGGAAGAGGAGAGGGAACUGUUGCAUGGCGGUUUUGGCAAUAGGGUCGGCGACUCGGUGUUCGGGAGAAGAGAAUAAGAAAAACAAGGAAAAAGAAAAAUAAAAAUUAAACUUUUCCUCUUUAAAUUAGGUAGCCUAAACAGGCUUUUCCCGGACCCCGUUUUUAUCCUCGUUAACUUGUCCAUACAAGCUCCGAAAAAUUCCCGAAAAAUUUUCAAAAAUUCCGAAGAAUUCCCUUAUUAUUAUUCUCUAUUUUUCCGGUAUUUUACAGAUGAUGUACUUCGUAAUACUAAUAGGAAAAAAAGAGGUCCUACGUUUAUGAAAGAAAUUUGGGGUCGACCUAGCACAUUACCACGCAUUGAGAUUACAUGUGAUGAUAUGGGGCGUCCUAUAGGAACAAAAAGAAAUAAAUUUACUGAUUUCUUGGGGUCUUUGGCAAGAAAUGGUAAGUAUUGUCCAAUUGAUGUGGAAAAUUGGCAUAAAAUGCCAACGGAAAAAAAGAAAGACAUGUUAAAUGUUAUAAAGGAAAAGUAUGAUCUUCCUCCGGGGAUAGAAAAUUGGACACUAUGCUCAAUAGCAAAAAAAUGGAGAAACUGGAAGUCAGAACUUAAAAAGAUGUACUAUAAUCCUGAAUUAUCAAUUCAAGUCCUUUUAGAACAGAGAGAUGAAAGAGCUCAUGCCGAACAGUAUAUGAGACUAAUUACUUUUUGGAACAAAGAAAAAUCAAAGGAAAUGUGCGAAAAAAAUAAAGCUACCAGAAAGCACAAGACAAUGCAUCAAACCACUGGAAGGACAUCUUUUGCUCAAGUGCAACACAAAUUGGAAAAAGAAAAAGGAUAUCCUCCAUCACGAGUUGAAUUAUUCCAAGCUUGCUUUACUCAUGCCAAUGGAAGUCCUUCAAGUAAUAUUGUAGCAGAAAGAUUGAUUGGAUGUUCUAUUUUGAUCAAAAGUUUAUUUGAUUCAACGAAAAUUGUGGCAAAAGGAGUGCUCCAUAGCAUGGAUCCAAAUACUAUAGUAGGGAGACAAGCAUUAGGACCAAAUUGGUGUGAAGUAAGAAUACAAGUUGUCCUGGAACCAGAAGAGAGUUUAAUUAGACAUUAUGAUCUUUUACAGAAGUUUGAGGAUGCACUUGGAGGAAUGAUAUCUUGGCCUUAUGAUCUGUUAACAGUAAACGAAGAUUACUAUUAGGUGAAUAUGAACUGAUAUUUUACAUUUUCUCGUUUGGUGAUAGGUACUUGGAUUUUUGAGAAGCAAUACGAUGGUUGAAGAUGGUCUGCCUAGUUAGUUUUUAUUUUAUAAGACUCUAUUCUAAAACUUAAUAUUUUGAGUGUAGUGUGUUGUUAGUUUUGGAUGUAAAGAACUUGUCGUUAGUUUGCAUUUGUAACUUUGACUCAAAUAUUUGUUGGAUGAAUUUAGAUUA